AUGUCAUCAUGUGCAUUCUUUGUUCUAACUUGCUGGGAGGAGCACAAGAAGAAGCAUCCGGAUGAUUCUGUCAACUUCUCAGAGUUUUCGAAGAAGUGCUCAGAGAGGUGGAAGACCAUGUCGGCUAAGAAGGGAAAAUUUGGAGACAUGGCAAAGGUGGACAAGGCUCAUUAUGAGAGAGAAAUGAAAACCUAUAUCCCCCCUAAAGGGGAGACAAAAAAGAAGUUCAAGCAUCCCAGUGCACCCAAGAGGCCUCCUUUGGCCUUUUUCUUGUUCUGUUCUGAGUAUCAUCCAAAAAUCAAAGCAGAGCCCCCUGGCCUCUCCAUUGGUGAUGUUGCAAAGAAGCUGGGAGAGAUGUGGGAUAACACUGCUGCCCACGACAAGCAGCCUCACCAGAAGAAGGCUGCCACGCUGAAGGGGAAGUACGAGAAGGAUAUUGCCGCAUGCCGAGCCAAAGGAAAACCUGAUGCAGCCAAAAGGGAGUUGUCAAGGCUGAAAAGAGCAAGAAAAAGAAGGAAGUAG